CGUACAGUGAAAAGGUUUUGUGUAACUUAAUGUUCGUGAUUUAUAUUGUGAUUGUGGUGCAAUUGAUGGUUAGGCGGUGAACCAUACUCAUGGAUAAGGAUUUUAGUCCGAAAAUCACUCUGGUCGCACAAAUACUAUCAUUGUGAAAUGAAAGUGUACAGAAACGUUCGUAGAAUAGAAAUGCAUCAAUGCAAGAUUUCAUAAUUUAAAAACACACACAAGUAAAACUUUUAAUUUUGCUGUUUCUUUGAAUGACUGUUUUAUUUGUGUUUCGAAAAAUGAAAAGAAUGCAUCCCUUUGAUAUCCUUAGCAUGGAUUGUUUUUUUUUUUUUGCAUCUACAUCCCGAAGAACGAACGAGAAAGUUUUCAUAACCCCGAAAGAAAAAUCCUUCUUUAAAGCAUUUCCGGAUAGCUUAAAAAACAUUUUUUCAUUUUUAUUACUUUCCCACUGCUGUGUGUGUGUGUUCCGGCCAAGCGCGAAAGGAAAAUGCUGCUCUCAAAUGUGUUUGAUGUGUUGUUCGUGUUUGAAAAAAAAUGUUUGCAUCAUGGGAUUUGGUGUUAAUGUGAGCAAAGUAAAGCACUAUUUGUGAGAAGCACAUCGGCAGCAAAAAAAAGGAAAACAAAACGUGUGAUAUAUAAAUAUUCCAUGAACCGUCGCUUGGCAAAGCAGUAAAAGUAAAACGGAAAGCAAAGCAAAGCAAAGACCGCAGGAUAAACAAGCGGUGCACGGUAAGCUUUUGCUGUGCAAAUUGUGUUAAAAUGUUGUUUACUUUAAUGGAAUUAGAUUCUGGGUGGGAUUGCAGUGUGUGUGUGUGUUUGUAAGUUUUCUUAUGAAUUGUAAUUUUUCUGUGGAAAACUAUCGCACUAGUGAAGAUAAAUCUUGUGCGUGGUUUCUCGUUCGCCUCUGGUCUUUGCAGCUCAAAAGAAAGAUAGAAUCAGACGGUCAUUUCUUUAAAUUUCCCUGCAUUCCUUACGAACAACACAUCAGCCCGAAUUUUCCCCUACAUGUAAGGGAAGCUGCCGUUAGUUAUAAUGACAACAAAAUCUCCAAUAUCGUCCAUCUGUGCGUUCUUGCAUCCAAACACUCCAACAACUGGGUUAAGGACAUUCAUUCAUAUGGAGACGCCCGAACAGCACCCGAUUGUAAGCGUCAGGCUUUCGGCCCAGUUCAUUCGUGAAGCUUUCGGUCGUUCGGCCAUACGAACAGCUGAUUACGGACGAACGCGAAUGUGACUCGCAGAGUACGAAUCCCUUUUCGACCAGUUCUUGUCGUGAGCUCGUUCCGAAAGGACACCAGUGCUACCGUGAGCGUGAACGUUUGUGCGAAAAACUUGCGAAGCUGUGGGGAAAACAAAAUCAAGCAGAAUAAAGCGGAUGCUUAUUUUUGCAGUGUAUCGGAGCUUAAUAAAUAAUUUGUGCAGAAGGUGCCAUCCAUCAGGUCAUCUAAAAACCCAACAGUCGGUAAAGUUGGGCAUUGACGUCAUCAACAACAACAACACUUUUUCGGUGCCGGUUUUGUGUGGGUUCCGUUGAAGUGUAAAUUUUUAACUGAAAUCGGCUCUUCAGUGCUUAUUAUUGCAACCCCGUAAAAUGUGUGUCCCUAAAUGAGUUUGAUUCAGCUCUUGCUCCCAGCAAAAACAUCAAAUGGUGUGGUGAUGAUGAUGAGAGUAAUGUGUGAAAAAUAGAUUAUGGAAUGAUACGGAAAAUUCGGCUAAAGUGCGUUUAAAUAUUUCAUGAAACACAAAGUGUGAGCGGUGUGUGUGUGUAUGUGUGUGUGCAAGAAUGGUCUCCUGUGUGUGAAUGGAAAAGUGCCACCGGGUAAAUGGAUAAGGAAGGUUAAUCGUUUUCUAAGCAUUCGUACGGAUGUGGUGUAUUUACCGAAGAACAAGCUUAUACCAGAGCAUCAUCAUCUCGGGUAAGCGUGUUUGUGCGAGCGUGUGAAUACGUGUAAAUGGAAGGUAAGGGAGAAAAGAUUUAAAAAGUUGUGAUUGUGUUGGUUAAUGUAAAACAAAAAGGAAUUCGCAAUGGAGAUUCGACAAAGAGCUGCCGACACUCGGCAGAGUGUGAAAGGCGCAACAAUUACCGUGAUGCUACUGCUUCUGAUAGUAAAAGAUGUCGAUUCCGUGCACAUAACACAUCUUUCGGUGCCCCGAGUAUACGUGUUAGAUAAUUACCAUCACCAGCGGCACGAUCAGCACCAGUAUUACGCCCGCAGCCAGCUCAAAGCUCGCGACGACCCGGACAUACCGUUUGAUCCCGCGGAACCGGACCGAACACUGUCCGCGGAGCUACGGGCGCCCGAUCCGGCCGAACAUCUAGUGCUGGACUGCGAGUACGUCAUCGAACCGCACGAGACCGGGUUCGUGCUGAAGUGGCUGCACAACGAUGUACCGAUUUACCAGUGGAUCCCGCCCCACCGAAGCCCGUCCAGUUUGAACCGCAUGCGGGACCACGUCAACCGGACGUUCACGGUGGGCAACGAGGCUAUGCACAAGCACCGGGCGUUGGCACUGAUGCACCCGAGCCAGGACUUUGCCGGCAAGUACAGCUGCUCCGUGCAGACGUUCCAAUCGUUCGACAUCAAGUCGGCCGAUCUGUUCAUCAUCGUGCCCGAGUCCGGGUUUGUGCUGAAGAACUAUCGAAACUUGAACGACCUGGUGACGGUCAUCUGUAGCGUGUACGGUAUUUUCCCAGCGCCCGAGCUGUCACUAUGGAUCAACGACUACCGGCUGGAGAACGGAACCAUCAACGAGAUCCCGGUGGCCGAGGGUCUGUACGAUAGCUCCGUCAGCGUACAGCUGGUGCUGUACGAGUCGCUCCAGCCGGACGAUGUGAUCAAAUGUAUGCUCACCGUUCCCGGGACCGAGUACCGACGGACGAAGGAGACUGUGUUUGUAGAUGUAAAUAGCAGACCGUUCGGGGAGUCAAACUCCAUCCUGGACCCGUUUGGAACGGUGUCCUACAGCAGUAGCAGCAGCAGCAGCAGCAGCAGCAGCAGCAGUACCGCCAAUGUUCCGGUGACGCCACUGACCAGCAGCAGUACGACACCGACGAUGACCGAUGCGACGGCAACACCGGAGGCCUCCCCUAGCACGCAGGUGACGGUGAACCAACAGCCGAGCUCUUCCGCCGUCGCGGGUACCGCCAGCCCGAAGGACACCGUCCGGCCGCAGAUUCCGUCCGUGAUACGCUUGCGGCCGACGGCCAGCUCGACCCGAGUGCUGACGGUACAGCAGUCCAAUUCGGUUGACUCGGACGAGAUAAUGAAUGUGUUGGACUUCAAGGAGUUGCUCAACGAGAACUUGCUCUACAACAACGGUGCCGACCGGUUAGAACUCCACCGGUUGCGGUCUGUGGUUUCGGUUUUAAGCAUACCGUUGCUGCUCGCUGGCCACCUAAUGGUAAUGCUACGCCGGUGGCAGAUGCAUGGCUCGUAAUCCUGUCCUCCUGUGACCGACCAACCAAGCCGGAGCAACCCGGUGGGCGAUGCUCAACAGACUUAUGACGACGGCCUAGAGUGGCAGUGGCAACCGCCAAGGCAGCAGCAGCACCAAAAACCCCGGAAACCGAACGCUUCUUUAUUACGCUAGCAGUCUCAUCACCAUGGCCAGGGCACAGUACCGAUAGACGGUUCUUGGAAAAGACAGUCAGUUCUCAAGAUGGUGGUGUAUUAUUAGGGCAAACGAAACUGGCCACAGUAAACCGAUUGGACGCCUCCUAAACGCCUCCUAUUCGAGUCGCUUCUUUUCUUUCUCUCCUAGUAUAUCUAUCCCUAUUUCAAUCCCCCUUUUUCUCGUUACCAUCAACAAGCGGUCUUAAUUGGAUGCCUCGAACACAGGUGGGGACAGGUGCAUACGUGUUCCCUGUAACCCUUGCCGAAUGGGAAAAAAAGUAAAUGCGUAUACAUAGGACGAUGAUGAUGAUGAUGAUGAUUUUUUUUUUCUAGUAAAAGGUGUGUUACUGACAAUGCAAGAAUAAAAUAAAAAAUACCAAAAAACAUAGAUACGUUGGUAAAGGGAUAGAGUGUAGGUGUGUGCUUUUUGCCAAUAAAAAAAACCCCGGAAGUCGAGGAAAUCGUUCUCUAUUUUGCCAAAAGGGAAGCCAUGAUGCAGAACAACUCUAGUCCCGUUCAUGGACAGCUGUCCUGGAAUCGAUGUCAAAAUGGAUUGUAGUGAAUUCUUUCUCUCUCCGUAAGUAUAAUAAGACAGUACAUAUAGAUAGUAAUCAAUUUGGAAUCGACAGAGCGCGCGCGUGUUUACGAAACAGUGUGAACGAAACAAAGGCUUUUUGAAAGAUAGAUUGAUUCACUUAUUGACUGAGUUUAGGUUUGUCAUGAUCGGUUGGGUUUAGUUUUACAGAUUAGUGGCAUUAUAAAGCGAUAGAAGAAAAAAAAACUAAAGACAAUACGGUGUUGUUUCGGAAUCAAAAGUAUAGAUAACUAACACACAACCUGCUAAGUAUUUGUGGAAAAGAACUACGAAUUGCGACCACGUUUCUUACCUUUCAGCAUGUUUCGUUGGUUUUUUUGUGAUAUUUUCUCUUUCCUAGAAUCUAAAUCCCUUGAAGCGAGUAGGGAACUCAUUCUUUACACUGCAUUGCUGUUGAAAAUUUUGUAAAUAAUAAAAAAGCUGUACGAGACUUAAUGCAAAAACACAGGAAACCACACGAGGAGGCAUGCCAAAACGAGACACCGAAGCUCAGAGAAGAGCUUCUAAGAAAAGGUGUAAAAUAGAAAUAAACGAUAACGAUAACUAAAAGCGUACGCUUGUCGGCAAAUUAAAAAAAAAAAACCAAAA